AUGGCGGUCUGUGGUUUGUAUCUCGGUCAGUUGGCCACCGCGAUCCGUAUACUGGAAACUUUGAAUACGACCGGUUUGACAGGCACCCCACUGCGUUUGGACGCAUCGUUACCGGCGAACACCGGAGCACCGGGGAUCAAUAGCACCGCGUCCACUCGUCCCGAUCCGCUAGUUUCGAACAAUCGUCGAUUCUGUUUACAUGACACGUUGGUUUUCAAUUUAGCCAUCCUGUACGAGGUCGAAUCGGAACGGGCCACCACUAAGAAGCUACGUCUGUUGGAACAUUUGGCCAGUUUGCCUGGGGAACCGGUUCAUGUGUCCUCGGUCAAAUUGCCUCCACAAACCGCGUAG